UUACUGAUCGGCUAUACAGUAUACCUAGUUUUUGCUUGUACGAUGGACUUCGACAGGGCGAGACCGCUUUUUAUCAUUACAAUGGUAAUUUUGGGGAUUAUCGUCUUAAUGAAAGUAUUGCCCUAUAUUACACCAACACUACAGAAAUAUAUCUUUGGCCCUAUAACCAAUUUCUACGAUAGAUAUGAGCACUACCUGAAAUGGGUUGUAAUCUUUGGAUUGAUUGGACUAGUUAUUCUAUUCUUACUUCUUGAUCAGCCAAUUGUGCCUUAUCGUUUUGCAUCUUUCGGCGGUUUACUUGCCUAUUUAUUUUUAUGUUGGUUCUUUUCUAAGCACAGAUCUCAAGUAAGAUGGCGACCAGUUAUUGUUGGUAUUAUUAUUCAGUUUUUUAUGGGUUUACUUAUUUUACGUACCAGUGCUGGUUUCCAAGUGUUUAAUUUCCUCGGUAAUUUAAUUACGACGUUUUUAAAUUUUACCGAUUCUGGCUCAAUAUUUGUUUUUGGUGAAUUAUACACGAAUCAUUUCUUUGCUUUUAAGGUAUUACCUUUGGUUAUUUUCUUUAGCGCUGUGAUUACCUUCUUAUAUUAUAUUGGUGCAAUGCAAGGCAUAAUUAAAGUACUUGCUCGUGUCAUGCAAGUUACUAUGAGAACAUCGCCAACAGAAUCAUUAAAUGCAGCCGGCAACAUCUUUGUCGGACAAACCGAAGCUCCUCUAUUAGUAAGACCAUUCCUUGCAACAAUGACAAAGUCCGAGCUUCAUGCUGUUAUGACUGGAGGUUUCGCUACCAUAGCUGGAGCUGUUUUAGGUGCUUAUAUUGGAAUGGGAGUACCGGCUACUCAUCUUUUAACAGCUUCAUUUAUGUCCGCUCCUGCUGCAUUGGCAGUAGCUAAACUUGUUUAUCCAGAAACUGAGAAGGAAAUAGAUUAUGAGGUCAAAGAUAUUAAAUUAGACAAGGGUACCGAAACCAACUUUUUUGAAGCAUUCGCUAAUGGAGCCUCUUCAGCCAUACCAUUAGUAGCAAAUAUAGCCGCCAAUCUGAUUGUCUUUACUGCUAUACUGAAUUUCCUUGAUGGUACACUAAGCUACUUCGGUAGUCUCGUCGAUUAUCCUCAAUUCAGCUUCAGGUUUAUCUGUUCAUAUUUAUUCACACCUUUGGCUUUACUAUUGGGCAUUGAAGCUAAGGAUGCUUUCAGGGUUGGUUUGCUUCUAGCUGAGAAGACUGUAGCAAACGAAUUUGUUGCGUAUAGUACACUUUCUAAGUGGAUUGCCUUACGAGCUGCUGGUAAUCCAGUAAUAUCUGUAAGUUAUUGCUUUAGUUUUUCCGUUCGUUCUGAAAUUAUCUCCGCUUACGCUUUGUGCGGCUUCGCAAACUUUUCGUCUAUUGGUAUUCAAAUUGGUGGCUUAACCCCAAUGGCACCGGAGAGAAAGAGUGACCUAGCUACUAUUGCAUUCAGAGCGUUAUGCUCCGGUACCGUGGCCUGUUUCAUGACAGCUUGCUUAGCAGGU